AAAAGAAAAACAAUAUAGCCACUACAAAUUUUACUAAUUCCAGGACCACCACGCGUGCUCACAGGAGUCACAGCCAAUCAGAAUCCUAUAAACUUUUUCUUGGGGAUGAAAGAAUGUGUGGUGGCAUUAGCAAAAUCCAUACUCAAAAACCCUAACCGCACCAAAUCCUGGGGUUUACCCUAACCGGACCAAACCCAAUUUCCCUCAGCCUAGAGGCACUUCAAUCUCUCUAUCUCUCUCAUCUUCUUUUUAUUUUUUUCUGUAACUUUGCAAUUUUUUUUUUUGUCUUUGAUUUUUCUUUUUUUUUUUUUGUUUUUGUGGAUUUUAUUGUUGGUAUUAUUAUUAUUAUUAUUAUUUUUUUGUGUGUGCGUGUGUGUUUUUGAGCUUGAUUUUGCAGCGAUGGAGGUAGCUGCGUACGGAACCGAGGAGAGGAACAAGUGGGUAGCUUCGGUUUUGGAAGCUAUGGUGGUAGAGACUCUUCUUGCUACUAGGAAAUCUCUUGCUUUGCUUCUCAUGGCGUCAGGAUCACUGCUGAAUGAAGUCGGCUUAUUACCAAAUAUGACCGCAAUGGAUGGAAGGUUUCCUUUUGAUGAACUUCAGAAAUUGAAACGUCCUGUUCAAGAAAACAAAGAUUCCAGCGAUACAGAGGAUGAUGAUGAUGAUGAUGAAGAAGAAGAUGAAGCUAAUAACCAGGAUGCUGAUGAAGGCAAUGAGGACUUGUCAGGUGGAGAAGGGGGAGAGGAUGAAGCAGAUCCCGAAGAUGACCCUGAAGCCAAUGGUGGAGGGAGCGACGAUGAGGAUGAUGACGAGGAUGAUGAUGAUGGUGAUGAGGAUGAGGAUGAGAAUGGGGAAGAAGAAGAAGAGGAAGAAGAUGAAGACGAAGAGGAAGAGGAUGAGCUUCCCCAGCCACCAGCUAAAAGGAGGAAGUGAGAACCAUUAGUACUAAUGGAGUAGUGAGGGAUAUUUCAAUUUGUCAGCCUUGUUAGGUUAGGGAAGUAUCAUCGCUAUUCUGAAUGAACUUCUAGUAUUUAUCAUAUUAUUAGUUAGAUAUAUUGUUCUCUUCUAUGCCACUACGGAACCACUUGGGCCUUCUGUUUAUGAUAUGUUAGAUUCAUCUUCCGUACUAUUUAUUUAUUUAUUUUUUUCCCUUGUUA